AUGCCCAAGACAUCGCACGCCUCACGACAAAAACGACGACAUCUCCGAAUGGCACAUCAGACAUCAGACGUGACAACACACACUGAGAUUGCACUCACACCCUACGCUAACACAAAACAUACUCAGGAAGAAACAUCAGUCACCGAGACCAC